AUGGCGUCCUUAAUAUCUUCUUCGCCAGAAAUGGCUCAAAUUGCAGGUCAUAAUUCACCAGCAGAAACUCAACGAACAAUAAGACGUAUCAACGCAACCUACGACUGGACAGGCCCUGACGACCCAGAUAAUCCAAGAAAUUUCUCAUUACUCACCAAAACUCUGAGCAUUGCUUCUAUAACGUCUCUAGCAUGGGCAUCUUGCUUUGCUGGGGCGAUAUAUGCACCCGCUCAAGCAUCUGUCGGACAAGAAUUCCAUCAAGGACGCUUAGCUGUUGUCAUGCCCCUGUCGCUGUAUAACCUCGGCAUGGCAUGCGGACCACUUGUUGGUGCACCUUUAUCAGAGACAUACGGCCGAAAGACUGUCUAUGUCGCUACGACACCAAUAUUCCUUGCGUUUCUUCUUGGAUCGGGUUUCACAAGAGAUAUCGUUAGUUUAUCCAUCUGUCGCUUUUUCGCUGGCAUGUUUGCUUCACCGAAUGUGAACAACACGUCUGCUACUAUCAUGGAUUACUGCGAGCCAAGAUAUCGCGGUGCGAGUUUGGGGAUUUACUACUCUAUUCCGUCCCUUGGUGCAGCUGUUGGGCCGCUCAUUGGAGGGUUUGUCGAGAGGCAGCUUGGAUGGCGGUGGACACAGUGGAUCGGUGUGAUAGUCACUUGUGCGCUAUACGUCCCUGUCUUGUUCACAAAAGAAACGUAUAAGAAAGUUGUGCUCAAACGAAGAUCCAUCAGAAUGGGCAUGGGGGACAGUUCAUCCCAACAGACUUCUAUCUCCAGAACUAUUCGACACUUCUUUACGGUCCUUAUCCUUCGGCCACUCCAUAUGCUUUUCACCGAACCAAUUGUUACCCUGGUCAGUUUGUAUAAUGGCUUCAUCUUUGGACUUUUAUACACAUUCAUCAUAUCUGUUCCUUGGAUAUUCAGACAUUACUACAACUUUAGCAAAACGGGCGAAUCACUUUCAUAUCUGGGUAUCACCCUUGGCACUCUAUUCGCCUGCGCGCCAUUCGUCCUGAUCGAUUUCUCAUACUAUCAAAAGCGCCUCAUCCGAUGGAAUCAAACUCAUGAUGAACCACUACCCCCAGAGAACCGUCUCAUCUCUUCCAUGAUAGGGAGUUUUCUCCUUCCCGCGAGCCUCCUCAUAGCAGGCUGGACAGCUGAAUACCAAGUCCACUGGAUUCUGCCCAUCGUAUUCCAAGGAAUGACCAUGUUAGCUUGUCUUUUGAUUUAUGCUGGUGUGAAUCUCUUCAUGUUGGAUGCUUAUGGUCCUUUAUAUGGUGCUUCGGCUUCCGGAGCCAUGAUGUUGAGUCGAUAUUCUCUCAGCUUCGCGUUUCCAAUGUUUGCACUGGAAAUGUUUCAGAAGCUUGGGGCGGGUUGGGCAACGACUCUUUUGGCUGGCUGUACGUUGUUAAUGGCCCCUAUACCAUGGUGUUUCUUUGUAUAUGGGGAGCGUAUUAGAGCGCGGAGUAGAUAUGAGUCAAGUUUGUAG